GCUGUAGUCCCCGGAGCCGGAAGUGGGGGUGGCCGGGAUAGAAGCCGCAGCCCAGGCGGCAGUCCCUCCUGCUGCCGCCGCCCGGGUGUAGCGCAUCACCCGGAGCCCACCGGCCGCAGGUGCCUCCUCCGGCCCCAGGGGGCCCCGGGAGCCCUGAAGGGCGAAGCGGCAGGGACGCCUCUCUUGGGCGAAGAGGCGGCCUCACCGCCCCGGAUGCGGCCGGAGGGCGCGGGAAUGGAGCUCGGAGGCGGCGAGGAGCGCCUGCCUGAGGAGAGCAGGAGGGAGCACUGGCAGUUGCUGGGUAAUUUGAAGACGACGGUGGAGGGUUUGGUAUCAACCAACAGCCCCAACGUCUGGUCUAAGUAUGGUGGCUUGGAGCGGCUUUGCAGGGACAUGCAGAGCAUCCUCUAUCACGGGCUUAUCCGUGACCAGGCGUGCCGCCACCAGACUGAUUACUGGCAGUUCGUGAAAGACAUCCGGUGGCUCAGUCCCCACUCGGCCCUUCACGUGGAGAAGUUCAUCAGCGUGCACGAGAACGACCAGAGCAGUGCCGAUGGUGCCAGUGAACGUGCUGUUGCCGAGCUGUGGCUGCAGCACAGCCUGCAGUACCACUGCCUCUCAGCCCAGCUCCGGCCCCUGCUCGGGGAUAGACAGUAUAUCAGAAAAUUCUACACAGAUGCUGCCUUCCUGCUAAGUGACGCUCACGUCACGGCCAUGCUGCAGUGCCUGGAAGCAGUGGAACAGAACAACCCCCGCCUCCUGGCUCAGAUCGACGCGUCCAUGUUUGCCAGAAAGCAUGAGAGCCCGCUGCUGGUGACAAAGAGCCAGAGCCUGACAGCCCUGCCCAGUUCCACAUACACCCCUCCAAACAGCUAUGCUCAGCAUUCCUACUUUGGGUCCUUCUCUAGCCUCCACCAAUCCGUGCCCAACAAUGGCUCAGAGAGAAGAUCUACUUCCUUUUCACUCUCUGGCCCUCCCCGGAAACCUCAAGAAAGCAGAGGGCACGUCUCACCAGCAGAGGAUCAAACCAUCCAAGCCCCCCCAGUUUCAGUCUCUGCACUAGCCAGGGAUUCCCCUUUGACCCCAAAUGAAAUGAGCUCCAGUACUCUGACCAGCCCCAUAGAGGCAUCCUGGGUCAGCAGCCAGAAUGAUUCCCCAGGUGAUGCCAGUGAGGGGCCUGAGUACCUGGCCAUUGGCAACUUGGACCCCCGAGGCCGGACUGCCAGCUGUCAGAGUCACAGCAGCAAUGCCGAGAGCAGCAGUUCCAAUUUGUUCUCCUCCAGCAGCUCCCAGAAGCCAGAUUCUGCUGCCUCUUCCUUAGGGGACCAAGAAGGAGGUGGGGAGAGCCAGCUGUCCAGUGUCCUCCGCAGGUCCAGCUUCUCAGAGGGGCAGACACUCACCGUCACCAGUGGGGCAAAGAAAAGCCAUAUUCGCUCCCAUUCGGAUACCAGCAUUGCCUCCAGAGGAGCUCCAGGAGGCCCCAGGAAUAUCACCAUUAUAGUUGAAGAUCCCAUUGCAGAAUCCUGCAAUGAUAAGGCGAAGUUGAGAGGCCCUUUGCCCUACUCUGGUCAAAGCAGUGAAGUCAGCACACCCAGCUCUCUGUACAUGGAAUAUGAAGGUGGUCGGUACCUGUGCUCAGGGGAAGGCAUGUUCCGAAGACCAUCAGAAGGACAGUCCCUCAUCAGCUACCUCUCUGAGCAAGACUUCGGCAGCUGUGCCGACCUGGAAAAGGAGAAUGCCCACUUCAGCAUCUCAGAGUCCUUAAUUGCUGCCAUCGAGCUAAUGAAGUGCAACAUGAUGAGCCAGUGCCUAGAGGAGGAGGAAGUGGAAGAGGAAGACAGUGAUAGAGAGAUCCAGGAGCUGAAGCAGAAGAUCCGCCUUCGGCGCCAGCAAAUCCGCACCAAGAACCUGCUCCCCAUGUACCAGGAGGCUGAGCACGGAAGCUUUCGGGUCACCUCCAGCAGCUCCCAGUUCAGCUCACGUGAUUCGGCACAGCUCUCUGACUCUGGCUCUGCUGAUGAGGUUGAUGAAUUUGAAAUCCAAGAUGGUAGCGAAGGAUCUAACCUGACUCACAUAUCAAAGAACGGACUGUCAGUGUCACUGGCCUCGAUGUUCUCAGAUGCUGACAUCAGAAGGAACACAGCCUCAAGCAGCAAAUCCUUCGUUUCCUCCCAGUCCUUCUCCCAUUGCUUCCUGCACUCCACGUCUGCUGAGGCGGUGGCCAUGGGGCUCCUGAAGCAGUUUGAGGGGAUGCAGCUUCCAGCCGCCUCGGAGCUGGAGUGGCUUGUCCCGGAGCAUGAUGCCCCUCAGAAGCUCCUGCCCAUUCCUGACUCACUGCCCAUCUCACCGGAUGACGGGCAGCACGCUGACAUCUACAAGCUGCGGAUUCGUGUUCGUGGCAACUUGGAGUGGGCCCCCCCCCGGCCUCAGAUAAUUUUUAAUGUUCAUCCAGCCCCAACGAGGAAAAUUGCCGUGGCCAAGCAGAAUUACCGCUGUGCAGGAUGUGGCAUCCGGACUGACCCUGAUUAUAUCAAGCGACUGCGGUACUGUGAGUACCUGGGCAAGUACUUCUGCCAGUGCUGCCACGAGAAUGCCCAGAUGGCCAUCCCCAGCCGGGUUCUGCGCAAGUGGGACUUCAGCAAGUACUACGUCAGCAACUUCUCCAAGGACCUGCUCAUUAAGAUCUGGAAUGAUCCUCUCUUCAACGUGCAGGACAUAAACAGUGCCCUCUAUAGGAAGGUCAAGCUGCUCAAUCAAGUCCGGCUGCUGCGGGUCCAGCUGUGUCACAUGAAGAACAUGUUCAAGACUUGCCGACUGGCCAAGGAGCUUCUGGAUUCCUUUGACACAGUCCCAGGCCACCUGACAGAGGACCUCCACCUGUACUCACUGAAUGACCUGACUGCGACCAGGAAGGGGGAGCUGGGGCCCCGGCUUGCUGAGCUCACCAGGGCAGGGGCUACCCAUGUGGAGAGAUGCAUGCUCUGCCAAGCCAAAGGCUUCAUCUGUGAGUUCUGUCAGAAUGAGGAUGACAUCAUCUUUCCCUUUGAGCUCCAUAAGUGCCGGACCUGUGAAGAGUGUAAAGCGUGUUACCAUAAAGCCUGCUUCAAGUCUGGAAGCUGUCCGCGCUGCGAGCGGCUGCAGGCCCGGCGGGAAGCACUGGCCAGGCAGAGCCUGGAGUCUUACCUGUCGGACUACGAGGAGGAGCCCGCGGAAGCGCUGGCCCUGGAAGCCACCGUCCUGGAGGCCACCUGAAGAAAGCACGUGCAGCCCUCCCUCUGGGCCGGGUCACACCUGUUGCAGAACUGAGCCACUCUUUGAAGGACUCGCCCCACCUGGGGCUUCUUUUUUUUUUUUUUUUUUUUUUUUUACUGACUUGUCUGACGUCUGUGUGCAGUCAGCCGCCAGCAGGUUGAUGGGCCCAGAGUCUGUGGUGACAGAUAAUUUGUAAGCCCCAGGUGUUUUCAUCGGAACUGACAUGCGGGUCCUUCAGUGAAGCUUCUAGUGCCUCUGUCAGUGGAAGAGACAGCAAGACCAAGUUCUUCCAGCAUCUGUGGCCUUCUCCUCUAGGUUUCACCUGCAUGUCAGGUAUCAUUUCCAAUUUUCCUUUGUUUCAGUUCUGGAGCUUCUGAGCCAGGCCUUUCUCAACCACCUCUCCUCCUGCUGCUGAAACGGGGAUGGCGUUUUCCCUCUCCCUGUCCUGGACUGGGGUCAGACUGUGCCCCGAGGAGAAGCAGCAGAGAAUAGGACUACGUCAUGGGCAUUUUGUCCACUUAUUUGGGUAUUUUGGGGGCCACAGAACAAUCAUGACUAUCCUAGACUCCUCAGAGACUUCAGAGGCAGCUGUGAAUGUCCCUGUGUUGCUGGGAUUUCCUGUUUGAAAUAUUUGAAGCAUAGAUGAUGCCACAAGCUGACUUUCUUCAUCUACCCUGGUGAUCUUGAAGCAAAGAACAGAACUGAUGCUUAGGCCAGGCUCACCUGUAGCCUUACACCGCAAGCAUACGUGAGGCGACAGCUCUGUCGCUGAAGGAGCACUUACUCAGAGGAGCGGUCGGCCCCCUCUUGGUGUUAAGGUCUCUUAGUUAACCUGGCUUUUUGGUGCAGGUGUGAUCUUUGAAGCUCAGGCAGGUCCCUGAUGCCAUCCUAAGGUGAGGACAGGAACCUCACCCACCAUCUUCUUAGCGUGUCCCUGAUGACUCUGUCCUCUGUUAGAUGGUCAUUGUGGUUCUGAGUAAAAGUACAACCCGACUCCGUUCUCUCCCCUUCCUGCAGCAGAGCUGGGUCCUUCCCUGGUGGCCGAGUCUCUCUUGCCUUAGCUUCUUUGGUCAAAGUUGGAGAAAAGCUUCCUGCUAUUAGUGCUGUUACAGAACUUGACGGUUUGUGGAUGUGAGUGUGAAUGUCCCUGUGUUCUUGGGGUAACAAGAGCCUUUAUGCCAAUUACGCACUUAACUCUGUGUAGCCUGGUAAUGUUUAUCUGUUCAUUCGAUAAUGCUGAUUUUAGUGUGCUGCCCCCCUCCCCCCCGUUAAUGUGUGGGUUGAUGGUGAAGUCCUUUUGAUAAUGCUGAUUUUGGUGUGCUGCCUCCCCCCGUUAAUGUGUGUGUUGACAGCGAAGUCCUUUUGAUAAUGCUGAUUUUGGUGUGCUGCCUCCCUCCUCCCCCCCGUUAAUGUGUGUUGAUGGUGAAGUCCUUUUGAUAAUGCUGAUUUUAGUGUGCUGCCCCCCUCCCCGCCGUUAAUGUGUGGGUUGAUGGUGAAGUCCUUUUGAUAAUGCUGAUUUUGGUGUGCUGCCUCCCCCCGUUAAUGUGUGGGUUGAUGGUGAAGUCCUUGGGUGGGGCCAUGUGUGUGUUUGUGAUGUUCCUUAAGUUGAUGCAGCUUCUAACCUCUGUGAAAACACUGGUCAGAGUGGCUUCUCCAAGAGCUGGCAGCUCUGUGAACUAAAGCCUGCAUCAUUUUUGUUCUGGGAUUGAAUUCUGCCCAUGGGCAUGUCUUCUCAUAGUUGCUUGCUGGUAGGAAAGAAAUGGGCGUGGGUGCUGCCCCGGAAGCUGAACGGAAAGUUGCCUGUGGUUGGUGGAAGCUGAUGAGAGCUUGAGCUGGCGGUAAGAAGGAGUCUCCCAGGGAAGUGGGAGAGGCAUUAAGGUGAUGGCCAGGGCUGAGGCUCCACCAGCGUGAGAGGGAACAUGUGGGAACUGGCCCCUGCCCUUGAUUCCUCUGCCUCAAAGUUGGGAUCUGAAAGCCAUGUAGGGCUAGAAGACCCUGAGGCUGUUUUCCCUUCUGUUCAUAGUGAGACUCAAAAAGCCAAGUCCCAGAAGUUCUGAAGGGCUGUGACUAGAAGUGCCCAGGUCCUUCAGGGAGCUUUAAGAAUGACCCCACAGAACUCAAGUUUAAGUAGGGGUUAGGUCCCAGAUUCAGACCCAGGGGUUUACAAAAAUGAGCUCUACUUCCAGUUUUGGUUUAAAUUACACAUCCAGGCCAGGCACGGUGGCUCACGCCUGUAAUCCCAGCACUUUGGGAGGCCGAUGCGGGCGGAUCAUGAGGUCAGGAGUUUGAGACCAGCCUGGCCAAUGUGGUGAAACCCUGUCUCUUCCAAAAAUACAAAAAUUAGCUGGGCGUGGUGGCACACGCCUGUAAUCCCAGCUACUUGGGAGGCUGAGGCAGGAGAAUCGCUUGAACCUGGGAGGCAGAGGUUGCAGUGAGCCGAGAUUGCGCCACCGCACUCCAGCCUGGGUGACAGAGUGAGACUCCGUCUCAAAAAACAAAAAGGUGACACAUCCAGCUCUUUCUCCAGGUCACUGCGCUGGAGGACAGAUGUGCUGUCUUGUCCUGCCCGUUUCACAUCAGCAUAGGAUCAAAGGAUGACAAUGCUGACAGCUUCUGAAGCCGAACUCAACAGUCUCAUAGGCUCCUCACUUGUCACACAUCCAGCUCUUUCUCCAGGUCAUUGCACUGGAGGACAGAUGUGCUGUCUUGUCCUGCCCGUUUCACAUCAGCAUAGGAUCAAAGGAUGACAAUGCUGACAGCUUCUGAAGCCGAACCCAACAGUCUCAUAGGCUCCUCACUUGUCACUUAUUUUUCCCCAGCUCCCUCAACCGCACCCCAUCCCUUUAGAUCGUGCGUCUGUUUUAGUGACUCUGACACGAUGCCGUCAUCACCAUCCAAAUACCCAGUUAUUUAUUCAAGAGGGGGGAAGUGGGUAGAGGAUGGGAUGUUUUGGAAGCACUUUGCAACUUACCACUAUCUGAAAAUCCCCUGCUGUUGCGGGGAGAAGCUUUGAAUGCACUGAAGAGAAUUCCUUCUAAAUGAAGGCAGGUGAUAGUGUUCUUUCUGUAAGUAAAGGGAAAGAAAAAAAACAUAGUUUGCUUACCAGGUGGAGACAAGAUUCAAGACAUAGCAGAAGAGUGGAAGACAAAUAUUUUCCACUUAAAUGAGGCUGUUUUUGACGUUCUCUGCCAAGGAUUUAGAGCUUUCGUUGAAUUAACAUAAAAGGAAUGCGAGUCUUAGUAGAGAUGUCCCGUGUGUGCAGCCCAUGCUCUGAACUGCGUUUCCACCUGCCGUGGUGCUUGUGCAGCCUGGCAGUUCAUUGUCAUCUUUAAUAAACUAAGGAAAUAAAAUUC